AUGGGUGUUCAAGGAUUAACAACAGGUGUUAAUAAAACAUGACGAUUUUGCUUAAAGGCAAGGAUAUUUAAGACAAAACUGGUUAUCGAUGGUGAUAGUUUGAUUUAUUUCUUAUAUGAAAACCGGAAUAUCAACCUCAAACAUGGUGGAGAUUAUGAUGUUUAUGAAGACAAAAUUGAAGCAUUCACCAAUGGACUGAUAUCCAACCAUAUGGUGGAUACGAACCAGACAGAAGAAAACAUGACACAUAUGUACGUCGAAGCGACGGAAAGAAUUAAUAAAUAUAAAAAAAUCGCUAAUUCUGAAACCACAUUUGCUUUUAUGCUCUGCCGUAUAACAUUCCUUGCGGUGAUAGGAAAGAUGAAAAUUCCCUUUGUUGUAUGUGAUUUCGAAGCCGAUCACGAUAUUGCCACUCUCAAAAAUAAGUUUAAGUGUCCAGUUUUAUCAAGUGACAGUGAUUUUUAUGUGUACAAUAUAAGACAAGGUCAGACAUGCUAUUCUUAA